ACUCAGGCUGAUGUCCGGUCUUGCUGCAGCCAUGGCAGAGGCUUUGAACGCUCUCUGACCUUUUACAGCAGAGGAAGGGUAACCACCGCCCUUUCUUCCUCCGGUCUUAUGAAGCUGGUAUUGAUGCAAGGAAGAAUUUAAGACAAUGGAAGAACGGAAAGCAAAGAGGAAGAGCCCCAAGUCAUUCCGUGUCCACUCUAUUCAGGUUGUUAAUGCAAAAAAAAAAAAAAAUGCCAUCCCAGCUAGUAAAAGCACAGGGUUUUCAAAUCCCACAUUGCAGUCAACUUCCCAGAGGCCAAAGUUAAAAAGGGUGAUGAAAGAAAAGAACAAACUUCCAGGAGGAGAAGGGAAGGGUGCUCAGUCCACGCCCAUCCAGCACUCCUUCCAUGUCCAGGAGAUGGAGCGCGGGCUCCUUAGCCUGCUGAACGAUUUCCAUUCUGGAAAGCUGAAGGCAUUUGGAAAUGAAUGUUCCAUAGAACAGAUGGAACAUGUUUGGGGAAUGCAGGAGAAAUUAGCUCGCUUGAACUUGGAGGUCUACGGGGAGUUAGAGGAACUUCCUGAGGAAAAGCAGAAAGCAGCCAGUGACGCAAACCUGGACAGGCUUCGGUCUGACGGGGCUGAAAAGCUGACUCAGCAUCUAAAAGUACUUGCCGCUCUUGCAGAAGACCCAGAUUCUGUUUCCAGCACCCACUUGAUGGCCCUCGACCCUCUCUAACUUCAGUUCCAGGGAUCUGAAGCCCUCUCUGGCCUCGGAGGGCACCAGGCACACAUGCAGUGCACAUGCUUACAUUUGGGCAAACACACAUACCCGUAAAAUAAAAAUAAAUAUCUAAAGCCUUAGGGAGCUAGGGAGAUGGCUCAGUUGGUAGAGUUCUUGCCACACCGGCAUGAGGGCCGGAGUUCAGAUCCUCGGCACCUGUGUGUAAAGUGCCUGUAAUCUCAACACUAGAGAAGCAGAGACAAGAAGAUCUCUGAGAAUUACAGGCCGCCCUUUCUUGCUGAAUUUGUGAGCUUCAAGUUUGGUGAGAGAUUCUGUCUCAAAGAAAUAAGGUGGAGGACACCCAGCAGUGACCUCUGGCCUCCUUAUGUGCAAGUCCACAGCAACUUAUGGCUACACAGACAUUUUUAUAGAACAAAAGAGAAUAAAUAAAAACUGACCCUAACGUAUUUUAGCUUCAUGUUCACCAGAGACAAAAGAGCUUGUUUCUGCAAUUUUUCUUUUUCUCUUUUGCUUUUUUUUUUUUUUUUUGAAAAAGUAUAUAUAAGGCAAUUGUCGGCCCACACUUUAAAAAUUUCACUCCUAGAAGAUUAGCCGUGUGGUCUUGUAAUCCCAGCAUUUGGGAAGUGGAUGUAGGAGGAACAGGAGUUCAAGGUCAGCCUCACCUACAAGGUGAGUUCAAGGCUAGCCUGGGCUAUAUGGGCCCUAUCUCAAAAAACAGACAAAAAGCCCUUCAAGCCUGUACUUUAAAGAUUAGUCAACUCUGCCAUACAUUUUUUGAUCUCACAAGUAUUAAGUUCAUGGCUUACGUUCAAUUUUUCUUAAAUAUAAGUUUAAUUUGUGUACCUUUAGAGCAUUUGGGAAAAUAACUAAAAUAACUAAAUCAGUUGUACUUAAUAACAGUGAGCAGUCUAGUUAACAUACCCCCUACCAUCCUUUCUUUUUAAAUGGUUUUGAGGUACUGGAGAUUGAGCCAAGGGCCUUAUGGAUGCUGGGCAAGCACUCCACCAUUGAAACUACAGUCCCAAUGAGCAUGUCUUUACUUUGUAUUUCUCCGUCUAAAAUUAAAGGUAGUGUGGUCUGAAUGUCUAUAUCCUUCUAGAACUUGCACUUUUAAGUCCUCACUCUGAAGGUGGGGCAACAGGAGAUGGCUCUGUGGAAGGUGACUAGGUCAGGAGUGGAAUUAAAUGUCCUAGAAAAAGAGGCUGAAAAGAGACACCCCUCUGUUUCCAUUCUGUGAGGACACAGUGCAGAGUGCUGUUCUGUGAGCCAGACACCAGCUCCUUUGGCAUCUUCGUCUUGGACGGCUGUUCUCUAGAACUGGAGAAAUGAGUUUCUUUUUUUCUGCAAACCACUAAUAUAAUGAUAUUUUGUUCUAAGAACCCAAAUAGACAAAGACAAGAGGAAAAAAAUUCUAUUUUAUAAUGUUAAUUGAACGAUUUGUGAAGUAUUUUUGUAAAUCAUAAAAAUUUUAAAGAUUAUAAUCAUGGAAAUGGCAUUUUUGUUUAAAAAAAAACAAAAACCAAACUAUUCUUUAAAAGCUAGACAUGAGUCCAGCAAGAUGGCUGAGAAAGUAAGAGUGCUUGCAGGGUAAGCCUGGUGACGUUUGGACCUGAAUACAAUUCCUAUAGCUCAUGUGAGAGCAGGAGGAUAUAACCAACUCCACAAGGUUAUAUUCUGUCCCCCACGUGUGUACUGUCUUCACAGACAGGCAACACAGUACACACAGUAAGGAUGACAUUUCUGUUAAAAGAACAUAGAGACACAUAUCUGUGAACAUCGCACUCUGUAGGCCGAAUCAAAAGAAUCAUGAGUUAUGACUAUCCUGGGCUACAUAGAGUUCAUGUAUCCAGAUUCUCUUUCAAAAAGAAACAACAGAUACACAGUGGAGAUUAUCGUCAUUAUACAUGAUUCUAAGAAUACUUCUAAAGCUCCUAGUCUGUAUCAUUUGCUUCUGUUCUCUCCUCACGGUCAAACUGCAGUGACUUUACAAUUAUUUUGUAAAAAGGAUUUCCUAUCCUAGAAAACUUUUUGAGAAGAUUUUCUUUAAUAGUUUGCUCUUUCAGUUAAAACCUACAUGAAGCUCUUUUAAAACAUGGUUUACAAUGAGCUACUAAUAUUUCUCUUGUAAAAAUUAAUAUUCAAUUUCUUUGUGUUUCAGUUAGAAGAAUUGAAUUCUUCUAUACAGAAACUUCAUUUGGCAGAUGCACAGGACGUUCCCAAUGCAUACAGCAGCUAAAGUAGUCUGCAGCCUGCUCUGCGGGAUGUGCAGAGGAGCAGCAGCCAUUAUGUUUCCAGCUGAGUCCAGUAGCAGAAUCAUCUUCCACAAAAAACUCUUGAGUCAUGCAAUGCAAGUGCAGUGAUCAUGUUCACACGCCGCUUCAGUCCAUGUGCUGCUGUAAUCCACCGCUGGGGAGCUCUCCCCAGGAAGUGGGAUACAGGGUUGUGCUGCUGUGCUUGCUUCUGUUGCCUUAAGGGUUAUACUUGAAAUGCAUUGUGCUAAACAUUCAGUCAGGCUGAAGGAUUUGUCCUUGCCUUCACCACACUGGCUCAGUGCCAGUCUCACGUUGGUGGUGCACAGGUGUCCUGUGGUCGUCCAGCUUCUGUUUACGUCAGACAAUCAGUACACACCCAGAUGUGUUUCCUAAUGGCCAGUGACAAACGUUUCAUAAGUACUUGUGAGAUUUGCUAUUUUUAAUAAAGUGAUUGUUUUAAAUGA